UCCAGAAAAAAAUCACAAAUUUUGGUAGAUUUUGAGCAAAUUGGCCUUCGUUUCGAACCGUGAAUACCGCGCGAUGGCUUCAACCGAACCGGAAAAGUGUUUCACGUGCUUCCGCCGGACGGACAAGUUCAUCCGCAUCACCGAGCAGGACGGCGUCAGCGGUGAAGAUCUGCAGGAGAUCUUCAUCAAACACUUUUGGUUUACCAAGAACCAGUUUCACAACAAAACCGUAUGCACCACUUGUUGGGAGAGGAUUGAUGACUUUCAUCGGUUCUACUGCGAGGUGGAGAAAAUGCAUACCGCCGAGCUGCUGGCGGUCAAGGAAGAGUUACCAGAUGAAGUGGAGGACGAUCUAGCUACGAAGAUGGAGGAUGAGGAAGAACCGGACCAAGGCGAAAGUGAUGUUUUUGCCGAAGCACUCUGCAAAGUGGAACACGCGGGGGACGCUUCUAAUUCUUCUCAUUCUAGCGAUGAAGAGGACGAUGAGGAUGACGAUGACGACGAUGAAGACGAAGACUAUGUGGAUCCCAUGGAUAAGAAAGGUUCCGACUCGGAGUCGGAAGUACCGCUGGCAAAGCGAAAGGCCACACGAAAGUUGCAAAAGCAUAAGAAAUCAAAUGUAAGGAAACGAGUUCCGUUCUCGUUUAGCUGCAAGCUCUGCGUUGAUGCCGGAACGGAGAAUGAUGAACCGUUUACAACGUUCUACCGCCUGAGUAAACAUUUCCGCGAAGUACACAAAAGCCCCCCUUUCGUAAUGUGCUGCGGUCGUAGGUAUAGCAGCCGGCGAGGACUGGGACAUCAUUUCAAGAAGCAUCCGACCAUGAAGAAUAUUUCGAAGCGCUGCGUUGAGUGUAAUAUUUACUUCCGGAGCGAGCAUGGACUAGCCAAGCAUUUGUUCUUGAUCCAUACACCGGAGGAUCAGAAGCAGUUCAAAUGUGACCUCUGUUUGAAGGCAUUUGCCGACGAGGAGCUGCUUAGAAUUCACAUCAAUUGGCAUUUCCAGGUACAGCAGAAGGAUCACUACUGUGCCGAAUGUGAUCGAUACUUUAUCAGUGCUAUCAACCUGGCAAGCCACAACGAGAUGCAGCACCAGACUCCGUUAGCGGCAACGAAACCGGAUCUCGAUGAUGACGCAUCCAACGAUUCAGAUCAAUCGGAAUCGGAAUCCAAAGUUAAAGGAACGCCGGAAUCCAUUGCCAAAGAGGAGGAAAUCAUUCACAAGAUUCUCACACUGAACUGCUCCGCGUGUGAUGUUGUAGCCGAUACUUUCCAGCUGCUUAAGAAACACGGCCGAGAUGCUCACGGCUUGAAGCUGAUGACAAUUGUCUGCUGCGAGCGUCGAUUCAGCCGACGGUCACGCCUCUACGAGCACUGCCUGUUCCAUUUGAAACCGGACGCCUUUGAAUGUGAACUCUGCAAGAAGAGAUUCCCGGAUAGUAAUGCACUGCAGCAUCACAAAUGGUGGAUGCACACUCCGGCGUCGGAGCGCCCGUUCAAGUGCGACAUUUGCGGAAAUAAAUUCAUGAAAGAAUAUUUACUCAAACAGCACAUUCAACGCCAUGUGGAGCAGGAACGAAAGGUGUUCCAGUGCCAGCUAUGCGACAGGGCGUUGUCCACCGCGUCGCAGCUCAGGGCCCAUAUGCAGUCUCUGCACGGUGAGGCUAGUGCCUGGGUUUGCGAUGUAUGUGCCAAAGGUUUCUCUCAUCGGUCCGUAUUGGAACGACAUCGACUGUCGCACACUCCGGAGGGUUUGGCCAAAAUGAUGGAACAGUGUACAAACUGCAACAGAUGGUACUCCAACCGGAAGAGCUUCAUCAAACAUCGGCGGCGCUGCGGUGUGGCCCAGCCGGUCAAGUGCGACCAGUGUGAUCACACGGCCGUCAAUGACGUAGCCCUGAAGACUCACCAGAAGCUACGGCACACCGACCGACCCAAGUAUCCGUGCACUUACUGUGGAAAGGAGUUUUCACGGGAGCUGCGAUUGAAGGAACACGAAGCGAACCACGCCGGUAUUGUCCUGUACAAGUGCGAAUUCUGUCCCAGGAUGUGUAAUUCGAGCUCGAAUAUGUACACCCACAAGAAGGUUGCUCACCCGGAGCAGUGGGCCCAAAGGGUGGCGGCCCGGUUCGGUCCGCCGCCGACGGUGCCGCAGUAAGUAAGUGGA